AUCACAGCAGCCCAUGUGGUCCCCCCUUAGCUCCCGAAGCCCCACUAAACCUAGAAUUUUCCGUGCCAGCGAGGACACCUACUACCCUGCAAUGGCGUUAGGAGAGGCUAGUCCGCGUGGCGAACAAGACCUGAAUCAGACUCGAGGGACGCCAGCCUCGUGCAUCCACGCGCCAUGGAUCGGCUCCCUCCGCCGCUCGUCUACGCGAUUCUGCGCCGCGUCGACCCGCCCGGGCCGCACAUCGCGCGGAUGGCAUGCAUGUCGACGCGGUACCGCGGCAUGGCGGGGGACGUGCUGUGGCGCUGGCACUGCCGCGACGGCCUCUUCGCGUCGUUUGCGCGCGAAGACUCCAGGGAUGACGCAGACGACGACGACGAGCCUCCUCCUAGCGCGGACGAGGCUCGGAAAAUCGCGUUCGGGCGGCAGAAGCUGCAGCUGCAGGUGGCGCGGAUGAGCAACGACGACGCCGCUGCGCUCGGGAGGCUGUUCAACAUGUGCCCCGGCGUGACGCCCGCGCACCUGCGAGGUCGGGAGCACCGGACGGGGCCUAAGUACCGGCCGAGCAAGAGGCCGCCUCCGUGGGUGAAGGGCGUGGUGGAGAAGGACGACCGGCGCGCGCUGAGCAAACCGCACCGCGAGAACUUCGGGCCGACGACUUUCGAGCUGCAGUCGAUUUAUUGUGGCGAGCCCCCGGUGUUCCUUCUCCUGACGAAGUGCGACCGGCACUUCAGGAAAACGAAGAUCGACACACCCUACUUUCUCAUGCAAGGGUUCAUCGUGGAGUUCCGAGAUACGGAGCUGUACGACGAAUUUUCUGUAUAUCCUUUUAUGGAGGAUGAGGUCUGUCCUUACUGCUCCUCCCAGGUUUGGGACGGUUGUGAGGUACAGAUGCUGUUCAAGAUGACCUAUGAUUCCUUCCUUACCUUCAAUCCGCAAAUCAAUGUCAUUAUCCCAACCAGUGUCCACUGUGUUUGCACUAAGGGACACUGGUAUGGCCUUCAUAGGUACGAAGAGAGUGAAGGGGGCAACGAGAAGGACAGCAAGCGCGACAACGAUGAUGGUGGCAGCAAGAGAGGGAAAGGAGGAGGAAGAGGAGGGGGACGAGGUGGUGGGGGAGGGCGAGGAGGCUGGUGGGGGGUAGGAAAGAAAUGGGAAGGAAGAGGGAAAGUGUGGUGUUGACAAGCACAUGGUCGAUUGAUUGCUUGUCAAGAAGUUUGGAGUGGAUGCUGGGUGAUGGUUUGGCUGAGUUGUUGGCUAUGGAAAUGGAAGGUGAAUGGAAUCUGCUAUCAAAGUGAGAACUGAAUGAUUGAGUAGAGAGAGUACAGGUGAAUAUGCCUAAGUGUUGUACUCUCUUAGAGGUGACCUUUUACAGUCUAUGCAAACAUAGGAGAUACACAUGUUUGACACACCCCUGUCAAACAUGUGUAUUUGUCAUGUUUGUAUAGAUUGUAUAGGGUCGCCUCUUAGAGGGUACAAAACUUAGGUAUAUCUGUGUGUACUCUCACUCUAUCAUUAUUCACUUCUCUAAUUUGAUAUGGUAUCAGAGCCAAAGGUCUUGGGUUCAACUCCCAGUGCCAGCGCUGCAGAGGCGCUCGUGUCUUCUGUUGAAAGUACAUCAAAAGACUUAAGCGUUUCUGAAGUGUAACACUACACUCGAGGAAGA